AUGACUGCCACACUUGAACGAAGUCUUUCCCGUACAUCAAGCAUGUCAAUACCAAUAUCCAGUCCUCUACUUUCAGUCAGACAUGAUGUGACGCCUCCUAUUCUAUCUGAACCCUCUUUGUCCCAAAUCCACGACCGAUUAAACCUCCUAGAUUCACGAGUACUCGAGCUACGCUCGACAGUCCUCACCAAGGAUGGCUAUGUUGAUCGACGUAAUCGUGAAGAUGAGCAUAUUCGCCGAGAAUUCGAAGCCAAUCGCUCGAUAUCGAAUCGAAUUGAUCUGAACGUGGUUGCGUUGAGGACGGAUGUCGACCAACUCAAGUCGGGCGUGUUUCAACUCAAAUCUAGCAUUGGCCAGGCCAGCAACGAGACGGUCUUUUUGCGCAGUGAUGUCGACCGUCUCCAGAAGAAUGUCGAUCAGGUCCAGGCCGACUUGGAACAGCUUCAGACUGAUGUUUGUGGAUGCCGCAUUGAAAUCAGCAAACUGCAUGCUGCUAUCAGUCAACUACGUACCGAUCUGAUUACUCUUCAACAUGAGACAUCGCGUCACCUGAACGCGGUAUUCAAUCGGUUUACCCUAAUUGAGGCUCGCAUGAAGCACUCGGAAAGGGUUCGAUUCAACUCCCUUGCUCACACCACGCAUGCCCCUAUCACGCCCGUCCCGGUUAUCGAAGAAGAUGGAUCUCUUCAGUGGCCCGAAUACUUCCCUCGUACAGUCUGGAGAUUCUGGUGCUUGAAGAAGCGCAGUAGGAUUAAUCGACUUGUACAACUCGCCGAAUUCUAUCAACUGGGAGGUUUUGAGUACUGGGGCCGCAUGCACCAAUCGGACUUGUAUGGCAGCGACAGCGAUUCGAGUGAAUCCAGUGAAUACCCAUCAAAUCUGACGCGUGCCGAGGCUGUUCGUCAGUAUCCGGAAUCCGCACACCAAGCUCUCGCCGCAACUUUGGGUCUGGUCUACUACAAGAUCCGGAAUGAAGUUGGUGAAGGGCCGAACACUCAUAUUACCCGUCCCCCGAAGCGGGAGCGCCAACAGGAGGAUCUGGCUUCUGUCUCCUCUAGUUCCAAGCAGAAACCGGUCAAGAUGCCACGCCGACCCAACAACGUCUCCCCCACCACGCUACACAGGCUCAUCACUGGGCCCUCACUGGAGUCGAAGUCGCUGGUUUCGGAAGAAUCCGACAAACUUGGCUGGAAUGUCCAUUCCGACGUGUCUGACGACGCCAUGAGCAAGCUUCGAGGUAUCGUGUCUGAGGAAGUCGGUACCCUUCUUCGUGCACUAGAGCAAGGUCGUCUCAAACUCAAACCAAGUCGAUCCGAACGAUUAAAUAUGUCUCCUACGGAAUCCAAGGAAGGGUCGUUUCAAAACAAGGCCCCAGAAUCGGCUCAAGACGAUGAGGUUCGCACAGUGGCGAACACCGUUGCAACCGAGCUUGUGUCCCCAUCAUCUACACGGAAUGAAGAACAUGAUCUCCCAGACACAGCUUCCGAUGCUACAACUCCAUUGACUUGA